GGACUCAGUAUAAGGGAUAAACGUUGAGGUACAGACGAGCUGUGAUCAGAGGCGAGUGAGUGAGAGAGUAGAGGAGCUUUAGAGUUCGCACACUAACACUGAAUCAGCAGCACCAUGAAGCUUGUCUGGCUCAUCACACUGCUGCCCCUGGCCAUACGGGCGAUACCAUUCUCCGUGUCUCCGGAAGCCUGGUCCGUGCGGGACAUUCCAACAUCCCAGCGAGCAGCGAGGGAAGCGGGCAGAGUGACGGUGCAAUAUCUCAAUUACUACUCUGGCUCCCCUCACCAGCUGCUCUACCUGGACGCGGUUAGGAAGGCGACUGUGAAGUCCAUUCCAGAGAUAGGAGACAAAUUCUACAUUGAAUUUACAACUAAGGACUAUCAGACCAAUCAGGAGGCUCGUGUAUGCACUGCAUCAGUUUUCUUCAGACAACAACAGGCAAAGCCAGCUAUACAUGUCAACUGCACCACCAGCGGGAGCCUGAUGAAGGCACGGGAAGAUGAUUAUAAUUUUUACAGCAAAGUGAAGAAACAAAUAACACCCAUUAGUGGAAAGGACAUUCCUGACAGUUUUGGGUUUAUUGAGCCCGAUAUGCUGCCCGUGUGGUAUUUGGCCAUUAUGGGAAGCAGCUUUGCAGUGUGGGAAAAGACCACAGAGGAACGCAGUUACACUAUGGCACAGAUCAAGACCGUGCAGCAACUGCCCCGGAAAGAUGAUUCAGUCGCCUUUGAUUAUGACAUCCUCCUUCAUGAACUCCCAACAGAGGAAAUGAUACAUUGCAGCCUCCAUAUUGUCUGGAUUCCCGGGAAGCCGCCCAAAGUAGAUUAUGAGUGUUCCAACAACGCUGAGAAUGGCUCAGGCGCAGAAUCAGAAGAAGGAUCAACUUUCUUGGGGAAUUUCAAAUAGAACAAAGAAUGCUCGUCUUCCGUAAAAACCUAAUAUCGAGGUUUUGGAAAAUGAUACUUCUGAUUAUAAUGGUGGGAUAGCUUCUAGACUAGACAAAUAGGAACAGGAUUACUCCACCAGCUCUGUAGAUGCACUUACUAAUGCAGGACUUUAAUGGUAGCCGACUGAAUAGCCCCAGGAUAUAUUAUCAUACGGUAUACACAAUACUCACACUGGCUGCUCUAGAUAAGCAAAACUUUGACAUAAUUAAUAUCUGUUUCACUGUUUCUUAAGGCUGGUGCACACAGCACACUGUAAAUAAGAAGAUAUUUAAGCCACUUAAAACCAGGACCAGAACUAGGGGUGGGCAGAAGAGACAUGUGACUAGGGUGCAAUGAUGGGGGUGCUGGACAGGUGCCUGUUAAAUCAGGGAUCCCCAGCCUUUUGAACCCAUGAGCAACAUUCAGAAGUAAAAGGAGUUGGGGAGCAACACUUGCAUGUAAAAUGUUCCUGGGGUGCCAAAUAAGGGCUGUGAUUGGCUAUUUGGUAGGCCCUAUGUGGAUUGUCAACCUACAUUUAGGCUCUGUUUGGCAGUGCAUCUGGUUUUUAUGAAACUAAAACUUGCCUCCAAGCCUGGAAUUCAAAAAUAAUCACCUGCUUUGAGGCCACUGGGAGCAACAUCCAAGGGGUUGGAGAGCAACAUGUUACUCACUAGCUACUGGUUGGGGAUCACUGUGUUAAAGUGUUUUCUGCCUAUCCCUAGUCCAAGUUCACUCCCAUCUGUUACUCCAACCUCCAUCACUUGCCCCUCCCCUCUGCUGGGGGUGUGGUGUUUAUGGUGGUCAGCCGAGUUGCCUAGGGCCGCCAGUCUGCUUGGCUUGGCCCAGGUUAAAACCAGUACUAACUGGGAGAACACACAUUCUGGAAUAUUACUAAUUUUCAUAAACUCAUAAAGGGUGGUUUGAGAUGAGAGCUGGAAAGAGCAAGAGUGCACCCUUAAGGCUCAUUCACAAAAUACUACUUUACCCAUCCUGGGGUGGGGUCUGCAACACAUGGUGUAAAUUGCAGCAUUGGGAAGCGAAGGCUCGCUCUGUCCUUACCACAUAGGGUGGGUGAUGAGGAUAGAGCCUCCAUUGUUAUAUUUUGUGGGGGCAGUGCAGAGACAUGUGGCAAUUUGGAAAUCCUAGUGGGCAGUGUGCAAAGUACAAAAAAAAAUGGCUGAAUGCAGAAUUUCUUCACACUAAAUGGCCCUUUAAGUUGAGUGUACCUUGAUGGUGUGCAGCUUUCAAAAAUGAAUGGUUAAGGGAAGUAAUAUUCCACUUUUCCCCCAGUAACACAUUCACUAUUGUACAGAAUAUGUUGUGCAGACACAGAGAUGAACAUUUGUUGUAUCCUAAUGUUCCAAGCAUCCAGCUGCUGUGUUCUUCAACUACAUUAACUAUAAAGGUACAAACAUAUAGUCAUUCAUGUAGUUCCUUUUGCUUCAUCUUCUAAUGACUGUGUUUCCUUUCUACGUAUAACUGCUCUCUAUAUAUUUCUUAUAUAUAUAUAUAUUUUCAAGUGGGAGCUGUCAUUAUCCUGUGUUAUUUGAGGCAAUCUCAAUCAUCAUUAUCCAUCACCCAGGUGAUAAAUAGAAAUCCCCAAAACAAAUGUAAAAUUGCACAGAUUGCUGUCAAGUUUUUUUAGACUGUUACUAUAGUGGCAUUGAAAUAAAUAUUUGUACAUAC